UUCAAUCGUCGCAUCACUAGCUUGCCUGAUACCAAUAUGGCGGAAUUUCUUAUCAGCACCUCAGUGAUUUUAUUAAGUAUCUGACGAAAAUAGUUAACUUAUAAAUAGAAAUUUAAACAAGGACAGCCUAUAUUAGGAUAUAAGGAUCUUUUUAGCAUAACGUUGUGUCUUAAGCUUUUGAUUGGUUAUAAAAAUAACCGAGCACCGGAAUACAUGACCGAACAUCUGACAAUAAUAAUAAACAUGAGUAUAAUGUUUGCAAAGCAUUCAGGACGAAAAAUUGUGUAGAAUAUUACGUCACGGCCGCUUCAUGUGUCGGGAAUACCGUUCAUGCAUAAGUACGGACAAUACAUGUCGUUGCGAAGGUCCACAAUGAUUCACGAGGUUAAUUGAGGUUUUACUUCGAUAAUACGUAAUUGACUCGUAAGUGUUGUUACGCGAUAAUAGUGGAGUUUCGCCUUCGUCGGGCGUUGACUCGUGCGGCAGGAAUCCGGUAGAACAGUGGGUUUGGUGACUAAUUGAUGAGAUGAUAGAGAGUGUAUCAAGACGCGCGUUCAGCAGUUCAAGCGGGACGUAUAACGUGCGCGCAUCGGAGCUGGCGCGCGAACGAAAGCUCAACAUCUUCAAUGUUACCGUGCAGUUCUUGGAUGAAACCCAGCACUCCUUUCAAAUCGAGAAAAAGGCUAAAGGAUGUGUACUACUGGAACAAGUAUACCAACAUCUAGAUUUAGUUGAGAAGGAUUACUUCGGGCUACAGUUUACGGAGAAUGGAUCUCCACCCAGUGCUACAAACACUGAAAUAACACGCUGGCUGGACAGCACGAAGUCGGUGAAGAAACAAGUCGGCGCCAACGCUCAGUUCUGGUUGGCUGUCCGCUUCUACCCGCCGGAACCGUCGCGACUAGCCGAGGAGUAUACGAGAUACCUGCUGUGCCUUCAACUGCGGAAACUAUUGUUAGACGGACGUAUUAAUGCGCCGAAGAACACUGCCUUAUUGUUAGCGUCGUUUACUGUUCAAGCGGACCUAGGUGACUACAACGUAUCAGAACACCCACCGAACUAUCUCUCCGAGCUCUGCUUGCUUCCCAAGCAGACAGCAGAAGACGAGAGACGUAUACGAGAGCUUCACAAACUGCAUAAAGGUCAGGCGCCUGCAGACGCAGAGGCGAACUUCCUGGAACACGCUAAACGAUUGGACUGUUACGGGGUCGAGUCACAUCCCGCUAAGGAUUACAACGGCAAGGACAUAUUUAUUGGUGUCACAUCAAUAGGUAUCGUCGUGUUUCAAAACAACAUCAGAGUGAACACGUUCUCUUGGAGUAAAAUCGUUAAGAUUUCCUUCAAGAAGAAACAGUUCUUUAUACAGCUGAAGCGAGAACCUUCCGAAUCAUACGACACGGUACUGGGCUUCAACAUGCGCUCGGGUCGUGCCGCGAAGGCGUUAUGGCGCUGCAGUGUGGAGCGGCACGGGUUCUUCCGCCUGCGGGCGCCGCGCCGCCGCGCGCUGCUGGCCGCGCUGGGCGCGCUGGCGGGGCUGGCCGCGCCCAGCGUGCCCCGGACGGAGACCAUGGCGCUCGAGGACGCCAGGAGGUCCCGGUCCACUAAUAGGAGCUUUGUGAGACGCAGCAGCUCCCGCCCCCGCGAGCGCUCUGUGGGCUGCGCGUCGCCCGCGCUGCGCGGCGCGCGCGUCACGGCGCACAGCGAGCCGCCGCCGCGCGCCGCCUGGACCGACGCCGCCCGGCCCGCCUCAGAGAUACACGAGGGCGACUUCUUAGAACGAGUACUCCGCAUCCCGCUCUCCUACGUCGACGAAUCCGAAUCUGGAUCCGAAGAAUGCCUGGGUUCCGGGCACUCAGGCCACGACCUGAACUCGCUGGGCUCCGCGGAGGUCUGCGGCGGGGUCAAGGUCAGGCUGGAACCCGGACAGGACGGACUGUUCGGGUUCAAUGUGCGUGGAGGGGGCCCGGCGCCUGUGCUGGUGUCCAGGGUCGCGAGUAGGACCCGGCUGCAGCUGCAGGAGGGAGACCAGGUUAUAUCGAUUAAUGGCACGAACGUAGACGAACUGAACCACGAGCAAGUUGUGCAACUGAUCAGAAAUACACGAGGAGUGCUUACGUUAAUAGUUAAACCAAAUGCUGUGUACGCCCCUGAAGAGCCCGGCCUCGAGGAGCCCGCGGUCUGCUUCGUGCCGCUGUCGUGCCGGCCGGGGCAGGCGCGCGCGGCGGGCGACGCGCUGGAGCAGUCGCUGCUGCUGCUGGGCGACGGGCUGGCCAGCGGCGCCGCGCUCACGCACUACGAGACGCUGCUGCGGCGCCUGCCCGACCUGCCCGCCGCCGCCGCCCGCCUGCCGCACAACCUCAACAAGAACAGAUACCGGGACAUCGCGCCCUAUGAUUCAACACGUGUGAUAUUGAAAAAUGGCCCGACGGGCGACUAUAUCAACGCUUCUUAUAUCAAUAUGGAAAUACCUAACUCAGAUUCGGUACUCUCCUACAUUGCUACUCAAGGUCCUCUAGCGUCAACCGUAGGCGAUUUCUGGCAGAUGGUGUGGGAAGCUGAAAGCACUCUUAUAGUGAUGCUAACAGUACUGACAGAACGGGGACGGGCCAAGUGCCACCAAUAUUGGCCCAAGGUUGGCAAUACCCCGCUCAAGGCGACCAACAGUUUGACGAUAUUCACGACCAGUGAACAGAAUCAUGGACAUUAUGUUAGAAGAGAAAUGACUAUGAAGGAGAACACAGGAGCAUGUCGCAACGUCACCCAGCUGCAGUACACGGCGUGGCCCGACCACGGCGUGCCCGAAGACGCCACCGCUUUCAUCAAUUUCACACAACUGUGCUCCAGUCUGAGAAAUAAUCACCCAUUGAUCCCCACCGUGGUGGACCCGUCCGCUGGCUCUGGCUCGGAGGAGUCCCUGAGCUGCGUGUCGCCCCCCAUGAUAGUGCACUGCUCUGCGGGAGUGGGCCGCACGGGCGCGCUCGUACUGUGCGAGCUGGCGCUGGAGCUGCUGGCGCGCCGCCAGCCGCUGUACCCGCUCGACCUGGUGCGGGCCAUGCGCGCGCAGAGGCCCAUGUGCAUACAGAACGCGAGCCAAUACAAGUUCGUGUGCGAGAGCAUUCAGAUGGCAUACAAUCAAGGCUUCGCAAAUAAACCAGCGGAGAAUGGAUCCAAUUGAAUACCUCCUUCGCCAAUUAUUGUACAGUCGCAUGUAAGUCGCACCUGACUGAUCGUAUUAGGACCGUAUAUCCAUUGUAGACACUGAAACAGGGACCGAGAUCAUACUAUGAUAGAAGCGAUCAUCAUCGUCGUAGCCUUUUCUUAACUAUGUUGAGGUCGGCUUCCAGUC